UUACCUCCGUACAGACUACCAGAAUGCCGACAACGGCCUUACACCCCGCAAUGGAACCGAGGAGAUCCUUCAUAUAUCAAAAACCAACACCCCGCGCCUCUCUGCCAGCACGUCUCUUAUUAUACAGUUUGGACAAACGAAGAAGCGAAGGAAAAUGGACUCGCAGGAAUUCAGAGCCGCAGCGGCAACGACCACUGACGAUAUUGUCAACUACUUUGACAACCUCGGUUCGAGAGAUGUAGUCUCGUCGGUUAGGCCAGGCUAUCUGAGGACGCUGCUCCCCGGGGAGGCUCCCCAAGAAGGGGAGCCGUGGGAAGACAUCCACAAGGAUAUUGAGGCCAAAAUCAUGCCGGGCAUAACACACUGGUCCCACCCAAACUUCCACGCCUUCUUCCCCUGCGCCACGAGCUACCCGUCCAUCCUGGCCGACCUCUACAGCUCCGCCCUGAGCGGCGCCUGCUUCAACUGGAUCUGCAGCCCCGCCGUGACGGAGCUCGAGACCAUCGUGCUUGACUGGCUGGCCAAGAUGCUCGGCCUGCCCGCCUGCUACCUCUCCACGGGUCCUACUCGGGGCGGGGGCGUGAUCCAGGGCUCGGCCAGCGAGGCCGUGCUUACGGCCAUGGUCGCGGCGCGGGACAAAUACCUGCGGGAGACGACCAAGAUCCCCAUCAGGUCUUCCGAGCUCUCCGACGAGGACGCCGAAGCCCUAGCCAUCAAGCGGUCGCGGAUGGUCGCGCUGGCCACGACGGCGACACACUCGUCGGCCCGGAAAGCCGCGCUGAUCCUGGGCGUGCGCUUCAAGGCCAUCCCCGUGCGCGCCGAGGACGGCUACGCGCUGACGAAACCCGUCCUCGCGGCCGCGCUGGCCGAGUGCCGGGCCAAGGGACUAGAACCCUUUUUCCUGGUCGCGACGCUCGGCACGACCGACACGUGCGCCGUCGACGACUUUGCCGGCAUCAGCGCCGCUCUGGAGGAAGACCCUGACGCAGCACUAGCAGAAAGUGAAAGUGGAAUAGCCAAGGGCGAGAUAUGGGUGCACGUGGACGCGGCCUAUGCCGGCGCGGCGCUCGUCUGUCCCGAGGUGCAGGAGGCGACUGGUCUUGCGGGACCGCUCGCGCGCUUCCACAGCUUCGACGUCAACAUGCACAAGUGGCUGCUGGUCAACUUCGACGCGUCGUGCCUGUACGUGCGCGACCGCGACUGGCUGGUGCAGGCCCUGUCGGUCAACCAGGCCGUGUACGGCAAGAAGCCUCUGGUUGACGCGGACGGCAACGACGUGCCCGAUUACCGCGAAUGGCAGAUCCCCCUGGGCCGGCGGUUCCGGAGCCUCAAGAUCUGGUUCGUUUUGCGGUCUUACGGCGUCCGCGCAUUGCAGGCCUACAUCCGGCGCACCAUGCGGCUCGGGGAGGAGUUUGCCGGCUGGGUGAAGGGCAGGCCGGAUUUGUUUGAGGUUUUGACGGGGCCGAGUUUUGCGCUGACCGUGUUCCGCAUGGCGGAGCGGUCGCAGGGGCAGUCGCUUGAGGAGCGGAAUGCCCUGACCAAGGCGCUGUACGAGAGGGUUAAUGCGACAGGGAAAUUAUGGUUGACCAGCACCGAGCUGGACGGCAAGUUGGCGAUUCGCUUGAUGACGGCCGUCAGGACUACCGAGAGAGCGCAUGUAAAAGCGGCAUUCAAGACGUUGGUUGAGGUGGCUACAGAGGUGAUCAGAGAGUGACCAGUGUCGUGAGGCAGGUAUCCGACUAGAUUACAUCUAUACCAUAGCAUAGGUGUAUCUGC